GUGGUGGUUCGUGAGAAGAGGAGUUCUUCACCUGGACUAUAAGAUAAAAACAGACAAGACAGUUACAUAGAGAGAGGUACAGAGAAAAGAGUGAAAGGGUAGGAGACGGAGAGACGGGAGAGGAGUUGACAAGAAGAAGACAAAGGGGGGUUAUUGACUCCUUGAACCCCACUAACAGCCAGCAACUCGCAUCAGUAUGGACGCUGAAAACGGCGUUGGCCUUGACAACACAAAUGGCCCCUCGCAAAAGAGUAGGGACACAGAGUUAUUCUCCUCGUCAGAAGAAGACAGCAGUCUCUAUUUCACCUACAGCGGAGGACAGAACGAGCUGGAGGUCAAUAAUCUGCACUAUGAGGUGGAUACAGCUGCCCAGAUCCCUUGGUACGAGAGGCUGUCAGAGUUUAAGAUGCCCUGGGAGAUGAAGGGAGACAAACAGACGGCCAUCAACAACCUGAACCUGCGUGUACACAGCGGACAGAUGCUGGCUGUCAUAGGCAGCUCAGGCUGCGGUAAGACUUCUCUACUGGACGUAAUAACGUGUCGUGAUGAAGGUGGUACCAUGACAUCCGGUCAUAUUCUGAUUAAUGGGGAACCCAGCACGCCACAGCUGGUAAGGAAGAGCAUCGCUCAUGUGAGACAGGAUGAUCGCCUGCUGCCACACCUCACCGUCCGGGAGACUCUGGUCUUUGUAGCCAAAUUGAGACUGCCAACCCAUUUCACACAGGCUCAGAGAGACAAGAGGGUUGAUGAUGUCAUCGCGGAGCUGCGGUUGCGACAGUGCGCCCACACCAGGGUGGGCAACGAGUAUGUGAGGGGUGUUUCUGGAGGCGAGAGGAGAAGAGUCAGCAUAGCCGUCCAACUCCUUUGGAAUCCCGGGAUUCUGAUCCUGGACGAGCCCACCUCGGGCCUGGACAGCUUCACGGCCCACAACCUGGUGAUCACGCUGUCUCGCCUGGCCCGGGGGAACCGUUUGGUCCUGCUGUCCGUCCACCAGCCGCGCUCCGAUAUCUUCCAGCUCUUCGACCUGGUCGUCCUGCUCUCGUCCGGGUCAGCCGUCUACUGCGGUGCCGCCCGCGACAUGGUGCCCUACUUCACCGCCCUGGGACACCCCUGCCCGCGAUACUGUAACCCCUCUGACUUCUACGUGGAUCUGAUCAGUAUAGACAGGCGCAGUCUGGAGCGAGAGGCUGAGUGUUUGGAGCAGGCCAGGAUCCUGGCUGAGCAGUUUAUGGAAAAAGUCAAAGACAAAGAUGACUUCAUAUGGAAACCAACUGACACUGACAGAGAACUUACAAACACCGACAGCCCUCAGCGGUCCAGCAGAGCAGAGGGAGUGGAGGUGGUCGCCGUGUCCCAGCAAAGAGACAGGCUGCCCGGCAGACUCCACCAGUUCACCAUACUCAUUCGGCGUCAUAUGUAUAAUGACUUCAGAGACUUGGUUACCCUACUGGUCCAUGGGUUUGAGGCCCUUCUCAUGUCGCUGCUGGUUGGCUGUCUCUACUAUGGGGCAGGACAAGAGCGUUUGUCCAUUCAAGACACAGUUGCCCUUCUCUACAUGAUUGGAGCGCUCACCCCAUUUGCUGUGGUGCUGGACGUCAUAGCUAAAUGCCAUGCUGAGAGAGCUAUGCUCUACCAUGAGCUGGAGGAUGGCAUGUACUCUGUCACUUCCUACUUCUUUGCCAAGGUCCUCGGGGAAUUGCCGGAGCAUUGCACAUUCACCCUGGUCUAUGGUCUACCUAUCUAUUGGCUGGCUGGCCUCAACGAAGCCCCGGAACGGUUCCUGCUCAACUUCCUGCUGGUGUGGUUGACGGUGUACUGUAGCCGCUCCAUGGCUCUGUUUGUGGCAGCUGCGCUACCCACCCUGCAGACCUCAGCCUUCAUGGGCAAUGCCCUGUUCACUGUCUUCUACCUGACCGGGGGUUUUGUCAUCAGCCUAGAGAACAUGUGGCUGGUUGCCUCAUGGUUCUCUCACGCCUCCUUCAUGCGUUGGGGUUUUGAGGGCAUGCUGCAGGUGCAGUUCAGAGGCAAAAAGUACCCCGUCUCCAUCGGCAACCUUACAAUCUCCGUUGAUGGCAUGCAAGUGGUGGAGGCCAUGAAAAUGAAUCAGUACCCUCUGUACUCCUGCUAUCUGGUUUUGCUGGCAGUCUGUCUGGGCUUCAUGGUGCUUUACUACCUGUCCCUGAAAUUCAUCAAGCAGAAGUCCAGCCAGGACUGGUGAAUACAAAUGGAGCAAUGUCAACUAUCGCCGGAGGACCAAUCUCAAUUAUUAGGGAUGGUAUUUCCUCCCUGGAAAUGUUUGUAGCAAAGAGAAGGGGUUAGAAGGGGAGUAAUAUCAGUUCUGGAUUUAGAUAUAUUCAAAUUUGACCAGUUUUGGUUGUAAUGUCACACUAUAGUUGUUUUGUCAACAUACUUUACAAUGCCAAAACAGAAAAGGACUUUUCAUAGCAUGGAUUUAGUAGUUUUUAGUAUUUCCUUCUACUGGUGGUUUUGCACAUGUUGCAGCGGCCCACCACUGUCGCUGAAAUGUAGUUGAAAUUCAUGUCAUGGCAGCCAAUGUGUGGCCAUAUGCACCAUGAGUGAGUCAAACCAACGAUUUAGGCCUUAAAAGCUUUUGGACAAACAUACAUAACUCACAAGGACUGUUGAGAACAGCCAAACAGUCAUUCCAAAUUUAAAACAAUCAAUCUAAAAUAUUUAGAAAUGACUACCAUGAGGUAAAAGUGUAAAAUGCAGAAGAAACAUCAAAGAACGUUGAAUCAGCUCAUCUGGAUACGUUUAUUGACAGAAGCGUUUCGUCACUCAUCUAAGCGACCUCUUCAGUCUAAACUGGCUGCAGGGAUCUCCACCCCUUAUAAACAAUACAUUGGUAUAACGACCGAAAACAACCAUCAGUUUCAUAUGCAAGUAUGGGCGUGACCAUUAACUACUUUCAACGGACGUGUAGAUGAAACAGGUAAAAAAAAGUGUUGCAGUAAUAUUACCUGCCGCUGGAUGGCAGCAGAGCACCUUCCUUGCUUCAAACGGGGCCGGAAAGAUGAAAUGUUUCUUUUUCCGUCUUGGUGAAUGAUUAGAGCGCCACUUUGGCAGAUAUCCAUCUGCAGCUUUUGCUUGUUCCAUUUUCUAUCUCCCUUUUUUCUACAGCUUAAUAUUUUUUUUCUUUUUGUAUAUGUAAGGUUAUUAAGCUUAACAAUGUGUGUGCCAGUACAGGGGGCAUGGAGAAAGCAUAUGGGAGAUUAGUAAAUCACACUUGGAAAAAGAAGAGCUUGCGUUUGUUGUGUCCUCAGAUUGAAGAUUAUGUAAGAUGUUUUUUUACCCCCUUUUUUUUGCACUGGUGCAAAAUCCUGGUAAAUGUAUCGCCAACAUGCAUUUGGUCCAAAUUAG